AUGAUGAUACAGGUGCUUCCCAUACGGGUUCUGACCCACAAUAUCCGAUAUGCAACUACAUCACCUUUCCAAGGCGAACGGCCCUGGGGUGAACGGAAACAUUUGCUUUUGAAUGAGUUCAAAUACGAAACGCGACAUUGCCAAGAGACCUUCAUUUGUCUACAAGAGGUUCUCCAUAGCCAGCUUAUUGAAAUCGUGGCUGGAUUGAACCAGGAAGCAGAGCCCGGAGCUCCGGAGUGGGAGUAUAUCGGUGUUGGCAGGGAUGACGGCCAUGAGGCCGGGGAGUACUCUCCUAUCUUCUACCGACCAGAUGUUUGGAAGUUACUACAGUGGGAGACUGUGUGGUUAUCCCGCACACCCAAAAUACCGUCAAAAAGCUGGGACGCGGCAUCCAUUCGCAUCGUCACCAUUGCUAUCUUCGCCCAUCGACAAACCGGGAAGACAAUCUUGGCCAUGAAUACCCAUCUUGAUGACCAAGGAUCUCAAUCACGCUUUGAAGCUGCGCGUAUUAUUCUAAAGAAGAUUUCUGAAUAUCAUCAGAGGGUAUCCAGCCAUAAUGAUGCGACAAGACACAUUUUUGGUACCUUCUUAGCUGGCGAUUUCAACAGCGAAGAAAACCAAGAAGCUUACCAGGAGCUUACAGUAAGUUUGAUCGACGCGUAUAAGGAAGUUGAAAACUCGAAACGAUAUGGUAAUGACAUCACUUGGACUGGGUUUGGACACGAGGAUGAGGCAGCCUCGCGUAUUGACUAUGUUCUGGUGAAGCCCACUGAGAAUCCAAGCAGGAGCCUAAAAGUCAAUGGCUAUGCAGCUCUAGCCAACCAGUUUGAUGACGGUGUUUUAUGUUCCGAUCAUCGUGCUGUCGUUGUGGACUUGAUACUAUGUUGA